AUUCGGAGACGCCGCCCUACGCCUGCCACCCUUGUGCUGACCAGUGACCAGUCAUCUCCAGAAGUGGAUGAAGACCGGAUCCCCAACCCACUGCUCAAGUCCUCUCUGGCAAUGUCUCCACGGCAACGGAAGAAGAUGACAAGGACCACACCCACAAUGAAAGAGCUCCAGACGAUGGUUGAACAUCACCUGGGGCAACAGCAGCAAGGAGAGGAGCCUGAGGGAGCCGCCGAGAGCACCGGGACCCAGGAGUCCUGCCCACCUGGGAUGUCAGACACGGGAGCGGAGUCAAGGCUGGCCACCCGAGGGACAGCACAGAAAUCUGCAGGAUCCACCGCUAAAACUCAGCAGAGAAGCAGUGAGGAGCCCAGCACAGAGGAACCCUCCACCCAUAUACCACCCCUGGACUCCCAGGGGGCCAACUCGGUCUGAGCGGGCGCGGCACCCUGGCAUCGCAGCUGCAGUCUGGGAAUGCAUGGACACUGGAUCUGUUUCUUACUUCUUCACUUUUGGGGAAAAUCUCAUUUUUAAAAAGUGAUAAAUUUGGUGUUAGGUC